AUGGAGGACAGACCUAUUUUACAUUCCCGUGGUGUUGACUCAAGGUUUGGCUUUGUCCCACCUUCACUUAUGGCUAUGACUCCCAAAUGCAAUUAUAGCGGUGCUCUGUCUAGGUUUGCUCAUACAUCCUCCCAGCCCAACACCCCAGAACACACCCUCACUGGUGCCAAUUCACGGAAUUGUGACAAUCCGUGUUCUGAUUCAUAUUCUGACACUAGUUGUGCUAUAGCAGCGUCCAAACCUGUCCCUCCUGAACGCACCUUCACUGGUGCUCAUUCGCGCAAACACGAUUAUCCACGCUCUCACUCUGGUUGUACACAACUGGUUUCCAAACUCAUCCUCCCUCAACAUACCACCACUAAUGACAACAAUCUGCCUACUGACCUGGACUCUGAUGCAAAUGCUGAUUACGUUCGUCCAUCCCGAAUGGAUGUUUCAGACGCUGAGGCUCCUCUAUAUGGAGAUGAGGGCUAUGACACAGGAAGAGAUCAUGACGCGGACACUAAUGGUUCUGGUGCGGACACUAACGGUUCUGAUGCGGACGCUAACAGUUCUGAUGCGGACAAGUGGAAUGGUGUGUAUGCAGACUACGACCAUGGCAUUGAUAAUGUGGAGGACCAGGAUGUUGGUGGCAGACCUGAUCUUUACGACCCAAAUAAGGAUCACGACACCUCAGAUGAUAGCAGCAAUGAUGAAGCUACUUGCACACACUCUCGAGCUAUUGGUAACUCACGAAAUACCAAAGAUGUCCUCGACGAUCAUCACGCAAGGAACCGUCGCGCUCGUAUACCCGACCCAGACAAGCUUGAGCAUUUACGUCGACGUGCUACUACUCAAGAUUUGGCUGAACCUUCCAAAGAAGAGGAGGUUGUAGUACCACGCAAGAGAACGUGGACGGUCAAAUCGACUGCACAGAAUAUUCGUUUCUAUCCUCCUUCUUGGAGGGACAUUCUAGAGGCCGCAAAGAAGAAAUUGCGCCUGGGUUUACUCACUAGCACAGCGUCGAAGCGCAGCGAUUUUCUCCAAACCAAGGCCAUCGAAUAUAUCUUAGAAACGCUCGAUGAUUUUGGAUCUCAAGGUAUAGGUGUCGAUGACGGAUACUGGGAUGAACACAAAUCAGAUAUGGCAGUCUUGCUAUGGGACGAUCGUGCUACUAUGCGUUCUGAGAUGAAAAAGGUUGCGCGUCCAAUUGUUCUAGCUCACUAUGAAAUUCUUCCGCAUGAUAUUGACGAUGAGGAUGACUGUGAGUGGGAGGUACGUGAUAAUGUCAAAACAUUGUUGCAGGAUGGUAGUUUCCUAUGGGAUGGAGUGGAUGCACUGGGCAGGACCAAUAACCUUGCGAACAAGGCCCUGGGCAGCUUCUGUAUGUCCUAUUUUUACAAGGGCAAGAAUGUGCUCGUGAAGACAUUUCCAGACUUAUUCGCUGAUGCUGUUCCUGAGGGUGCUGUCACGCUCACAGCGACUGCGCUUGCUGCUGCUAUCAACAAAUACAAGACUGGCGUCUACAAGCAAAUGAAAUUCGUGGCUGAGUUAUAUCAACCGAUCUAUGACAAUGUCAUCAAGCUCUACAACAAUGUAAAGAAGGACCACUAUCACGCCAAGAAAUGCCGGGCCGCCCGAAAGAAAUGGGCUUGUGCUGCAGGAAUUCUGACUCGCAAUGAUCCAAACAGGCGCCAUGAUUGGGGCUUGAAGCUCCAACUAGACUGA